UUGCAUUGUUAUUCAGGAAAUGAUAUUACAAUUAAUUGAUUUAAACAAAAGCCACAUAAAGAAGAGGCAAUCGGUACAAUACAGGUCUUCAUGUUUACCAUUAAUGAAUGUCAUUUUAUUACUGAUUUUUGUUGAGUUGGUCCACACCAAGAGUUUCUCAUUUAAGACAAGUACCGGUUAUUAUGCUAAUGGAGACGAUGACAAUCUCUUAGUUAAGACUAAUAAAGGUGUUGUCAGAGGUAUGACAAUUGACACGUUCACCGGCAAGAAAGUGGAUGCCUUUCUGGGCAUUCCCUAUGCAAAGCCCCCGAUCGGAAAAAAUCGAUUCAAACACCCGAAACCUAUAGACUCGUGGAAUGAGAUUUAUAAUGCAACUCAAAGACCAAAUUCUUGUUUUCAGUUAAAUGACACCACUUUUGGUGAAGACUUUGCCGGAACAACCAUUUGGAAUGCAAACACCAAAUUGAGCGAAGACUGUCUGUAUUUGUCUGUAUGGGUUCCCCGACCGCGGCCUAAAAACGCAGCUGUUAUGGUAUGGAUAUACGGCGGAUGUUUCUUUAGUGGUUCCGUUUCAUUGGAUAUAUAUGAUGGAAGAGUUUUAGCUGCAGAACAACAGAUCAUAGUUGUGUCCAUCAACUAUAGAGUUGCAAAUCUUGGGUUCUUAUUCUUUGACAAUUCUAGGUCUGAAGCUCCGGGAAAUGCAGGAAUAUUUGACCAAAUUAUGGCACUUCAAUGGGUUAAAGAUAAUAUACAACAUUUUGGAGGAAAUCCCGAUAAUAUUACUCUGUUUGGUGAGAGUGCCGGUGCCACUAGUAUUUCACUUCAUUUAAUAUCUCCAUUGAGUCGACAUUUAUUCAAUCAGGCUAUUCUUCAAAGUGGAGCCCCAACUGUUCCCUGGGGUCUUCUCAGUCACAAAGAGAUGUCAUUAAGAGGUUUAAGACUUGCUGAAGCAGUUGGAUGUCCUCACGAUCCCAAAAAUAUUGAUGCAGUAAUUGAUUGUUUAAGAAAUACUGAUCCCUGGGAACUGGUCAGCAAUCAACCCGGAGGCUUAGGAGUUGUCGAAUUUCCAUUUGUUCCCGUAAUUGAUGGUACAUUUCUUGACGAAUUACCAGAAGUAUCUUUGGCUAACAAAGAUUUUAAAAAAACAAAACUUUUGUUGGGAAGUAAUACAGAAGAGGGAACUUAUUUUAUAAUCUAUUAUUUAACUGAUUUGUUCAAAUUGGUUGAAGAUGUAUAUCUUACACGAGAAGACUUUAUAACAUCAGUAAAAGAAUUGAAUCCAUACGUGAAUAAAGUGGGUCAGGAGGCCAUCAUUUUUGAAUACACUGAUUGGCUCAAUCCGGAUGAUCCCAUCAAGAAUAGAGAUGCCAUCGACAAAAUGGUUGGUGACUAUCACUUCACGUGUCAUGUCAAUGAAUUAGCCAAUCGCUAUUCCGCCGCCGGUAAUGAUGUUUAUAUGUAUUAUUAUACACACCGUUCAUCUCAAAAUCCAUGGCCUAAAUGGAUGGGAACAAUACAUGGAGAAGAAAUCAGUUUUGUCUUUGGAGAGCCACUCAAUCCAAGACUAGACUUUACACCGGAGGAGAAGCGGCUCAGUCAACGAAUAAUGACCUAUUGGGCCAACUUUGCUAAAACAGGCAAUCCAAGCACAUCAAUUGAUGGUCAGUGGUCUCAAACAUACUGGCCUUUACAUACGGCAUAUGGUAAAGAAUAUUUGACAUUAUCAUUGAACAGUACAGAGAUAGGUCGGGGCCCGCGAACAAAGCAGUGUGCCUUUUGGCUCAAAUAUUUGCCUCAACUCAUGAAAGACACCCCAACCGAAACAGCAAAUCCUUGUCCCACUAAUUCACAUUCAAGUAGUUCUAUAACUCAAAGAAGCCUUCAAUUAUUGAUUUCAACGAAUAUAGUAGUCGUUGCUAUCAUUUGUCAAUUGAUAUGA